AUUACUAACCCCACCGCAUUAGACCACUUUUCGACAAAUUUGAACUUUAAAAAGAAUAUAAAAACAGGUGAUAAAGUGAGAGUUGAGUUGUUGGUGAUGAAUAAAGAACACAUCGAAACCCAGAAUGCAGUGUUAACGAUAAGUUAUUUACCUUUUGGAAUUGAUGUGACACCGAACAUACCCUGUAAACCAACGCAAAAGGAAACCCAAACCGAGGGUCCGUCCAAGACCUGCGACAAGCUAAUCUUCGAAGACAACUUUAACAACAAUCAGAAACUUACGGAUAAAUGGGUUCAUGAGGUUAUGUAUCGAAAUUUUGCCCCUUAUUAUGAGUUUGUUGCCUUCGAUUCAGAUGCAAUUAACUCCUACAUAUCCGAUAAUAAGCUGCACAUAACUAUGACAGAUGGAAUUAAGAAGGGGAGAGUUUAUCUUGACAAAUGCACUAGCAGAUUAACGAACAAGAAUGCGGAAUAUCAAUGUGGAUCAAAAAAAACACCGGUGUUUACUAAGCCUUACACAAAAAAAUCCGCAAAUUUAUACAGCAAAUUCAGUUUUAAAUACGGUCGAAUAGAGAUCGGGGUCCAAAUGCCAAGAGGUGAUUGGAUAUUCCCAAAUAUUCUUCUGGAACCCAACAUAAAGAACAACCGAAACAAUGGGUUUUCCAAGGAUCAAAUUCGUCUGUACUCGAGGGGCAAUGAAGUGCUGCAGAACGAAAACUAUAUAUUCUUCGAUGGAAGAUCUGUGUUCGGUAGUGUGGUGGUUUGGCAUGACACGAACUUCUCAGAGUAUUGGACCGUUAGGGAAAAUAAAGAUGAACUAUAUUACUAUGAUGCACCGUACAACUACACCAUAAUAUGGCAAAAGGAUAUAAUCUCCUUCAUGGUUAAUGGCCUUCACUUUGGGGAUAUUACCAACAAGACCCUACUUGAGCGAUUCAACGAACACGAGCCGGUGGUGUAA